UCGAGGACGGUGACUGGCAGGAGCGAGGAGGUGGUGAGAGGCCAUGGAGGACGGGGAGUCUGCUUCGCCGCCUGGUGCUGACGGUGGGGAGGAGGAGGAUGACUUCGGAUACCGGCUUUUCCCCGAUCGCAAGAAGGAGCCGCAGAGCUUCCUGGUUCGCAGCCUCUUCACCUUCCACAACAGGUGCCAGUUGAUGCUGAGGAUGACUCUGGAGACGAAUCCGUAUGCCCAACUGCUUAUUGCGGCCAUGAAGCAGUCUGGCUGCACUGUUUUCAACGAUCGACACUUUUCUUGUGAAAACUGCGAUGGCUGUGUCAGCGGAGGUUUUGAUUCUGCCACUUCUCAGAUUGUUCUGUGUCAGAACAACAUUCGCCACCAGUCCCAUAUGAACCGAGUGGUUGCGCAUGAAUUGAUACAUGCUUUUGAUCACUGCCGUGCUCAUGUUGACUGGUUCAAAAAUGUCAAACAUUUGGCCUGCUCAGAGAUUCGAGCUGCUAAUCUCAGUGGAGACUGUACACUGAUGAAUGAAAUAGCUAGGUUUAAAUUUGGACUGAAAGGACAUCAUCAGACCUGUGUGCGAGACAGAGCAAUUCGCUCCAUUCUGGCUGUAAGAAAAGUUAGCAGAGAGACUGCAGAAAAAGCUGUGGAUGAGGUUUUUGAUGCCUGCUUCAAUGAUCUGGAACCAUUUGGGAGAAUCCCGCACAGUAAAACAGAUGCAAAACGUGCUUAUAAAGACUUCCUGAAUCGAGAUCGCUACACUGCUAAUUUGUAAAGGAAAAACAUGAAAAACUAUGUUAAUAUCUGGCAGUUCUGUAACAUCUGGAGUUACAGUCUACACACACAGUGCUGGUGGAAAGGGGCAGUUCUUUUGAAUGUAUCAAUUCAUUUUGUAAGUUUUUUCCAGGAGCCAUCUCCUGUUGAGGUAAACAAAGUAAAUGAACUAGACUAAAAAUACUGUCUUUCCUCACUUGUUCCAGCAAGGUCAUUUAGUAUAUCAAAUUACUUGGCAAAUAAUGAUCUGCGUAUUUCAGUGCACAUUUAAUUCAGUUAUUGAAUAAAUUGUUUCAUAAAAA